UCGGAGAAGGAUCAGUUUGCCACUUUACGCGCUGAGAUGAGGGGGUUCACGCUGAAUAACGUUUGCCAGUGUGGCUUAUUUACUUAUCUGGUCCUUUUUUCCUUCAUGUCUUUUACCGCUGCAGUCAGUUUCGACCUGACUGAGCUUAGGAAUAAAGUAGCAAAAAUUAAAGUGAAUCCAAGAGGCAAUCUGUGGGCUACAGGACACUUCAUGGGGAAGAAGAGCGUGGUGGAUGCCCCCCUGAUGCCUUCAGCGGAGGGGCGGGAUGCGCUGGAAGUCUCCCUCCCGGGGGAGCAGAACGCGCUCGAGGAGCUUUUCCAAGAGUUUCUGCGGGUGGCGAUACAAACGCAGGUGGACACGCAAGAGAGCCGCUCGAAAAACCAGGAGGCGGACUUGUUGAUGAAGAUUUUAGAAAGCUACAUCCAAAGCAGAAAGUGAUACAGGAGGAGAAAAGUGUGGCACGCAUGAACAACCUGAGCUCCACUGUUAAAAUAAAUCAGACAACAGAAUAAACAGUCUCCUGCUCAUCAUGAUUGUAAUUCUCUGUGACUGUAUCACUAAUACUUCUGCAGCUCAUGUGCCAUUUGCAAUACAAUGUAAAUGGGAUUUAUUUUCAAUUGAUUUUGAAGAUUAAG